AUGUUCUUUUAUAUGUACUUAACUGGUGAAUCAUUUAAUGAAUCAUUCAGUGAAUCAGAUAAUAAACAACCUACUUCAACAACUUUAAAUACUGUGGCAUAUUUCCCAUACGAUAGACAAAAUUUUACUGAAGUAGAACCAUUUCAACAAAAUAAUCUCUGUAACAUUGAUUCAACAGUGGAUUAUAUGCUAUGGUCGCAAAGUUUCGCACCUACUGUAGAUCCUGGAAUGAAUAUGCAUUAG